UUUAAUAAACCAGAAUCUCGUCCUAUAUAAAUCAUACACCGAAAGCCAUGCACCAACUCAAAAACCUAAAACAGUUGGCUCUUCAAAGACAAUCAGAAAGGCAUCAAACGUGUAACCAAUGGGCCUUUCGUCUCUCAAAAUAAUGCAUCUUAUCGCCUUUCUUCUUGUUGUAGGGAUGUGGUCUUCAGGAGUUACGUGCCGAAUGUUAAGUGAUGUAUCCAUCUCUGAGAGACAUGAGCUGUGGAUGCUACGCUAUGGACGUGUGUACCAGGAUGACGCAGAGAAGAAAAUGCGCUUCAACGUAUUCAAGGACAACGUAGAAUUCAUCGAAUCCUUCAAUACUGCUGAAAACCAGCCUUACAAAGUAGCGAUUAACAAAUUUGCAGACCAAACGAAUGAAGAGUUCAAAGCCGCUCGUAAUGGAUAUAAGUUUUCAUCAAACAAAAGAUCAGCAAGAACACCACCUUUUAGGUAUGAAAACGUGACUGCCGUGCCACCUAGCAUGGAUUGGAGAAAGAAAGGAGCUGUUACCCCAGUUAAAGAUCAAGGCCAAUGUGGAAGCUGUUGGGCAUUUUCAACAAUCGCUGCAACGGAAGGAAUUACUCAGCUGACAACUGGAAAACUAAUUUCACUGUCUGAGCAAGAGCUAGUGGACUGUGACAGGAGUGGUGUAGAUCAAGGAUGCGAUGGUGGGGAGAUGGAAGAUGGCUUUGAGUUUAUCGUUAAAAACAAAGGCAUCAACACCGAGGUGGCUUACCCAUAUCAGGCAGCAGAUGGAACCUGCAACACCAAGGAAGAAGCUGUCCAUGCUGCCACCAUUACUGGGUAUGAAAAAGUGCCAGCCAACAGUGAAUCCGCAUUGUUACAGGCAGUCGCCAAUCAACCCAUAUCAGUUUCCAUUGACGCCAGUGGCAUGGGUUUCCAGUUCUAUUCAGGUGGCGUGUUUACUGGGGAUUGUGGAACUGAUCUUGACCAUGGUGUUACAGCAGUUGGAUAUGGAGUGACCGAUGAUGGAAUGAAGUACUGGUUGGUAAAAAAUUCGUGGGGUGCCAGCUGGGGGGAUAGUGGAUACAUAAUGAUGCAAAGAGAUGUUAGUGCCAAAGAAGGUCUAUGUGGAAUAGCUAUGGAUUCAUCGUAUCCAACUGCUUAGAUCUCCAGUUUAUACUUGCCUUUUAUAACCUGAAUUAAACACACGAAGCAUGGCUAUCUGCAUGUCCAUAUGUAUAUAUAUGUAAUUAUUGUAUUCUGGUCCUUGUAAUCUAUGUUACACAAAUUAUAUACUUGUUAAUUAAUAUAAAUCUACUCAUAAUCAAAUGCAAGUUUUCUUCGUAUAUUCUAUAUCUCAAUACAAUGUAGAAUAUAGCCGGGGGCUAAUCCUUAAUUUAGAUAAGUUUGGGUUAUAAAAAAAAUAUUCAAAUAAAAAAACAAAAAAACACGAAACACAAAACAAACAAAC